AUGGAGGGUAUAUCCGGGAUAGGGCUAUUCAUGGCCCAGGGUGCUACCCUUCACAUGCUAGAAACAUCUACUCUUGGCAUGCCCCUAGAAGUUUGGAAAACAUACAUGGUUAGAAAUCCAAAUUUGAACACUAUUCAAUCCUUCAGAUCAAUAUACAAUAAUGGUGUUACUAGAUUCUGGGACGGUUUGUCAGCUAAAUUAUUUGAUGCAUGUACCAAAGGAGCUGUACUAGUGUCUACAAAGGAAUGUGUUAAUAAUUUUUUGUUAUCGCGUGAUUAUGAUUCCACAUUCGCUGGAUUCAUCUCUGGGACUACUGGCGGCAUGGCCCAGGCCAUUAUAACAGGACCCUGCACUUUCAUGGUCACCGCUAGGGUAUCUAAUAGAGACCAAGGCUAUCUCAAAACUUUUCGUACAGUACUAAAGGUUAGAGGAUUUACUGGUUUGUACAUUGGGUACUGGGCAGUGGUUACUAGACAAGCUACCAAUUGGGCUUCGAGACAGGGAUUUACCGAGUACUUUAGGUCAAAGUUUAGAAAUGCAAACAAUGGGAGCCCACUAGAGUACAAACAAGAGAUAGCUUCUGGUAUAAUGGGAGGUGCAUUAUCUGCCUGGAACCACCCUGUUGAUUUGAUUAGAAUCAAAAUGCAAGGCAGCGUAAUUGACGGAAAACGACUAAAAGCGUUUAAAAUAAUUACUGAUGUGUUAAAAACACACGGAAUCAUCGGGUUGUAUCAGGGAGUUCUGCCCAGGAUGGGGUUAGCUAUAUGGCAGUGCCUGUUCAUGGUAACAGGGAUUAAGCUUUUGGGUAACAGACAAAAUUAA